AUGAAAUCUGUUAAAAGCCCGACCACCAGGGAGGAGCAUUCAGCCUUGACAUUCAACAGCAGUGGAGGGCCCCAGACCAACAACGUGAAUAGCGGCAUUGGUCAGCAAAUCAACAACAAUGCUCAUGUUGGAACUCAGUAUAUCCAGUCCGGCUCAUUAUUAUGGAUAGUCACCCUCAGGUCGAAAGAAGACUUUAGCUUUCGCAGACCCGUUGGCGUCUAUCUCGGUCAAGCGCCUUACAUCGCCUCUGAACUCUUCGUCGGUCGUGGCUACGAGCUUGAUGAGAUCUCAAGAAUUCUACACCAUGAUCACAAGGCUCAAAGGCAACGGCGCCUAGUCCUCGGUGGUAUGGGUGGUAUUGGCAAGACUCAGCUUGCGAUCGCCUACGCACAGUCCGGUCGUGAAUCUUAUAGCUCAGUAUUCUGGCUUAAUGCAGUAUCUGAGGCUGCAUUGAAAGACAGUUUCCGAUCGAUAGCCAGCCUUAUCUUCGACGUCCAGGAGCCCGGGGUGCUAGAGGACAAAGAGAUCGUGAGACGUGUACACCAAUGGCUAUCUACCCCAAAUAAUACUGGAUGGUUGUUAGUCUUUGAUAACUACGACGACCCCGACCAGUUUCGGAUUAACGACUUUUACCCUCCUGCUUCUCAUGGAGCUAUUGUGGUCACUACUCGACGGCCAGAUCUCGUUGCUGGCAGCACUCUUAACAUAAAGCCGUUGCAGAAUAUUGAGGAUAGCCUAGCAAUCCUACAGACCCGAUCAGAACGAGAGAACAUUCAGUCAGAUCCUCAUGCGAAGCACCUCGCAAAGCGACUUGCGGGUCUUCCUCUCGCUUUAGCCACGGCCGGGACGUAUCUUCAGCGAAGAAAAGGCUUUACUUUCGAACGUUACCUUCACCAGUACGAGAAACGCUGGAACAUUGAUCCCCGCCGGCCUACCAAGCUCAACGAGUAUGAGGAGCGUACACUCUACACGACCUGGGAUAUAUCAUACGCUCGCCUAGAAAAGGAAGAUCCGGACGCGGCGAAAAUACUGAAGCUACUGGCCUACUUCGAUAACCAGAGUUUUUGGUACGAGCUUUUUCAUGCCGGACUCACCGAUAGUUCUCCUGAGUGGCUUCAUGAAGUGAUCACAGAUGAUGUGAAUUUCAAUGGAGUGAUGGGAAUCCUGGCCGAAUUCUAUUUCCUGGAUACUCAACAGACGUCUGGGUCAUGGAGCAUGCAUAACUGCGUGCACGACUGGACUUUAGCAGUACUUAACAAGGACAUUGAUGCAAAUCAUUACUGGUAUGUUUUUGACUGCAUUUCUGCGUCUGUAAAAGAUGACAACGCGGAUGACUUUGCAAACCUCUCUUACUCCCGCUUGGCUGCUCAUGCCACGCGACUAGUACAAGAGCGCUUGUGCACGAACGACGUUAUAUUUAAUCUUACGCCUCAUCGACUCGACCAAGCUUCACUGAUUGCAAAGCUACUUCGAAACCAAGUACUUCUUCUUGCUGCGGAGCAGAUGUACCAGCGGGCGCUAGCUGGGAAGGAGAAAGCACUCGGACCAGACCACACGUCGACCCUCGACACUGUCCAUAAUCUUGGGAUUCUAUAUCGGGACCAAGACAAGCUGGACCAGGCGGAGCAGAUGUACCAGCAGGCGCUAGCUGGGAAGGAGAAAGCGCUCGGACCGGACCACACGUCGACCCUCGACACUGUCCAUAGCCUCGGGAUUCUAUAUCGGGACCAAGAUAAGCUGGACCAGGCGGAGCAGAUAUACCAGCGGGCGCUAGCUGGGUACGAGAAAGCGCUUGGACCGGACCACACGUCGACCCUCGAUACUGUCACCUGUCUUGGAAUUCUAUAUCGGGACCAAGGUAAGCUGGACCAGGCGGAGCAGAUGUACCAGCGGGCACUAGCUGGGAGGGAGAAAGCGCUCGGACCGGACCACACGUCGACCUUCGAGACUGUCAACAAUCUCGGGGUUCUGUAUCGGGACCAAGGUAAGCUGGAGCAGGCGGAGCAGAUGUACCAGCGGGCACUAGCUGGGAGGGAGAAAGCGCUCGGACCGGACCACACGUCGACCUUCGAGACUGUCAACAAUCUCGGGGUUCUGUAUCGGGACCAAGGUAAGCUGGAGCAGGGGGAGCAGAUGUACCAGCGGGCACUAGCUGGGAAGGAGAAAGCGCUUGGACCGGACCAUACGUCGACCCUCGAGACUGUCAACAAUCUCGGGGUUCUGUAUCGGGACCAAGGUAAGCUGGAGCAGGCGGAGCAGAUGUACCAGCGGGCGGGGCUAGGGAAGGAGACGAGGAAUACUGCUACUUGCUUCUUUAAAUGA